CUUUUUCUAUCAAUCUGUCCUUGUCUCAGCAAUGUGAUCGAAUUUGAGAAAUAGAAAAUAAAAAUUAUGAAAUAUUAUCAGGUCUUAUGAAAUAAAUAAGUCUCCCAUAAUAAUUAAAACUGGAUACCAAUCUUUGAGGUUAAACUUAACCUCAAAUUCAAUUUUAAAGCCGAAGAUGGGAAAAGUCAUGUCUAUGAUGGGUCGUCCUUUUCGGAAUUUUAAUAUUGAAAGUAGGGCACAUAAAAUUAUAUCGAAAGAUAAGCCAACUCCGGCACCUAAACACAAAAGUGAUCAACUAGAUUAUGAGAGAUUAAUAAAAGAAUACCCUCAAGAGUUUAUGGAAGGUCAGAAAAAACAUGAACAGUUGGAUAACUACUUAAAAGAUGUUUAUGUGACCUCACAUGACCCUAACCCAACACAAGAACAGAAAAUAAACCCUGACAGACCUCUUCCUCUUAAUAGGCGACAAGUUGAAGAUUUUGAAUAUGGAGUUAAAGAACCUAAAGAUAUUCCAGAAGGGAAAGCCACAUUGAAACAAAUACUUAAGUUUGUAACAGACCAUCAAAACGAUCAUCGAUUACAUAGUGUAGAAGCGAUUUCCAAGGAGUAUAAAAUACCUAAAGAAACCACAAAAAACGUUUUAAAAUAUUUUAAAGUUUUUGAAGUAUAUCUUCCUGAACAAAGAAAAGUUAGAGCAAAAUUUGCUGGUCCAAGUGUACCCAGAAUUAGAGUCACACCAAGACCUAGAAAGCAACUGCCAUCGGGAAAAGAAGACAAGGGGGACACCUGACAAUCUAGUUAAAAUUUAGUUCAAUUUAGUUUAUUUAUAGUAAAAAAGUAAAAAAAAAUUGUUGAAAAUAGCUACGCUACUUUA